UCUGUGGCUCGCUGGACGGCCCAAAGUUGGUCUUGGAGUUUUGAGCUGUGCAGCACGGCCAACCACCGCGCCCGAAGAUUUUCAGGGGAGACUGCAAUUUUACCUUGAUAUAUUUCACAUCCCCACAACAUGUGUUGAAGGGUGGCUCUAACAGAUUUGCAUAGCUUGCACAUAUUGCUCUCGUAUAUAUCGGGGUCGAAAGUAUUUAGUUGCACGGGACUCGCACAAGUUUCUGUUUGUAAUCGCCUCCAAGUAACGGACUCAGCUCUGUUCAGUUUAGUCUCCGAUUUUGAUAGAAUGUGGUAAUAUCGCUAAAUCUUUUUAAUCUAUCUUUUUCUCUCCAGAUAUCCUCCUCCGCGUUCUCCUGACCGAUGGAAGUCACUCUUUGCUCAGAUCGGCGAGUAAGACCUCGAGCUUCGCGGUGUGCUACCUCGUUGAGGUUGAUUGCGGGAAUGCCUGGAGUCGUAUGCGCUGGGAAUCAGAGUAUUUGCCUUCCGUUCUUCUCUGCGUUAGAGAACUUUGCUUCAUUGACUCUGAUGAUGUGCCAUGCCUCAGGAGAGAUCCUACCUUUUGCAUAAUAUCUAAUGGCAGCUUGAGAAUCGCUAAUGAUGCACUGAGCACUCGUGAAGACCAAUGCUAGUGCAAUGGCUACCUACAAUGCUGUCUCGGAAGGUUUGGUAUUAACUGAUACGCUUGUAAGGAGUUUUUCGAUGUGACCUACGAUUACUGCUACGUAGCCAUUUCUGUGUGGGUAUUCAGCCGCGUCUGCGAAGGUUGCUCUGUCGUCUGACCAAAAGCUUCGGAUCAUUUUCUCUGCUCUACUCUUGCGUCUGCCAUCGUUGUAACCUGGAUGCAUGUUCUUGGGUAUAUUUGGUACUAGGAGUUUGUCACGAAUUUAUAUCGUUAUCGUCAUCUUUUCCCCGUAUAGAUUGUGGUAAUUCAUCCCUAGUUUGCUUAGCAUAUGCCGCCCCGUUUUAGUUUCGGUUAGUCAUUCUGCUUGAGAUGCUUGUUGUGCUUGUAUGAGUUCGUCCAGUGUGUUGUGGAGUCCUAACUUUAGCAAGAGACCCGUGCUCGUAGUGAUGGUAAUCCCUAGAGCUAGUUUGUAUGCCUUUUUGAUCAGCUUGUUAAUGUUAGUCUUUUCAGCUGCAAACCAAUUAUGGAAGGCUGCUAUGUAUGUGAUCUGACUGAUUACGAAUGAUUGUAUCAGCCAUAUGAUACUUUCUUCCUUCAUAUCCUUGUGCUUGUUAGUAAUUCGUUCUCAUGGUGUUUGUUAGGUUUGUGUCUAACUUCUUUAUGGUUUCCCCAUUUGUGCCUUUGUUCUCGAUUACUAGACCCAGCACCUUGAGCUGGUUGACUAUUGGGAUAUUCCGCCCGUUCUUGGUGUAUAGCUUCAUUUCUUCAUGAGCCUUGUUUCUGUCGUAUCCUUUGGGAGGCCUGCCCCUAAGUGUGGGGUGGUAUAAGAGAAGUUCAGAUUUCUCUGCAGAGCAUGUGAGGCCUGUUCCUAUGAGGUGUUCCUCUACUGUGUUAAUUGCAGUCUGGAGUCGUUGUCCUAUUGGUCCGUCGCUGCCAUCACAGGUCCAGCUAGUAAUAUCGUCCGCGUAGAUUGCGUGAUUCAGGGACUCUGUGUGAUUUAAUUUUUCAAGGAGUCCCAUCAGGACGAGAUUAAACAGCAUCGGGGAGAUGACAGCGCCUUGCGGUGUGCCGGCGCCUCCUAUGUCGAUCUCGGGUGAUGUGAGCCCUCCGACGGAGAUGACUGCUUUCCUAUCUGAAAGGAAGCUCUUGAUGUAGUUAUACGUCCGUUACCCUAGUCCUAUUCGUUCGAUGUUUUCCAAUAUGGUUGCGUGGUUGGCAUUAUCGAAAGCCUUUUUAAGAUCAAGGCCCAAGAUGGCUGAUUAUCUUAUGGUUAAAUUGAAGCAUCGAAUCUUGUGUCUAAAGGUUUUUCCGAAAUCCUAUCAUUGCAUCUGGGUAUAUGUUAUGAUACUCUAAGAAGUUAUCUCCUCUGUUUAAAAUUACAUGUUCCAUUAAUUUUCCGACGCAGGAUGUUAGAGAGAUUGGCCUGACGUUGUCGAUCUCAAGCUUCUUACCAGGUUUUGGAACGAGCGUCAUCGUCGCUUUCUUCCAUUGAGCUGGCACUUCUCCCUUUACCCAACACUCGUUUAUGUAUUCUGUUAGUUUGGCGAUCGAUUCAUCAUCAAGGUUCCUGAGAGUCUUGUUGGUUACACCUUCCGGGCCUGGGGCUGAUUUGGUGUUUCGCUUUUGCAAGGCCGCACGGAUUUCUGCCUCCGUGAGUUCCUCGUCUAAUUUUGCGUUUGUAUUCCCGUUGUAGCUAGGAUAGCUGCAAGGGGGUGCCUGUUUUAAGUAUUUCUGCUCUUAUUCAUUGAGAAAUUCCUCUUCUGUGCGCUCAUAUGCGUGUGUUAACUUAUUACUGGCUUGCAUGUGGUUUUUCUUGUUAUUCUCAUGAUCAAGCACGAACCUGAGCAUGUGCCAGGUUUUGCCGGUGCUUAGUUGUCCGUCCAUGGAAUUACAUAUCUCGUCCCAUUGUUGCUUGGUCAAUUGCUUAGCAUGUUCUUCAAUUUUUUUUAGGAGCGCUAUGCGCUUUCUUAACUUUCUGUUAUGCUUCUGACCGCUAAGUCUAUUCCGAAGCGACUGCUUAGCUUCCCACAUGUGAAGAAGUCUGCUGUCGCAUUUCUCCAAGUUAGAUUCAGGUGGUGCUAUUUUUGUGGCAGCUUUGACGUCAUCUCUGAGCUCCUUAGUCCAUUGUUUUACGUCUGCGAUUGAUCCUUGCUUGUGUCGUCUCUCGCGUUCUACGAAAUAGCUCCCAGUCUACUAAUUUGAUCUGUCGUUCCUUGGGUCUAAUCGGCCCUUCCCUGACGUGUUACUCCGAUAUACGGUGGUCGCUACCCAAAUCUUUCAGUGUGUUGUGCCACGUCGCCUUUUCAAUAUUCUUGGUAAAGGUUAGGUCUGGGGUUGUGUCCCUGUUUAGCGCCGUGCCUACUCUUGUUGGAGUAGCGGGUCUGUGACGAGCGUGAGGCCUAAUUCUUGCAAGUCGUUCCAUAAGUCCCUUCCUUUUGCUCUGGCAUAUAAAUAUCUCACGUGGUGUGUGGGGCAUUAAAGUCUCCUCCUAUAACUACCGGAUUUUCUCCGGCAAGUCUGAGUGUUUUCUUGAAUAGGUUCUUGAAUUUGUGUUUAUGUAGCGUGGGGUUGCUAUAAAUGGUUGAGAAUAAAUAAGCUACGUCCUCUCUUCUUUUGCGCGAUGAGUUCCAAUAGAAUAUUGUCAAUGUGCGUUAUACCUGUGUUGUGCUGCACGCAAGUUACGUUUCUUUUUACCAGCGUGGUUAAUGCCCUGGUCUCCCCUUCGGCAAAGCCGACAGAUCUGUAUCCUGUUAGCUUUCCAAUCCCGUGUGUUUCCAGCAGAAUUAUGACGUCCGGUGUAUCCUUGUCUUUUAAAUACUGCUGCAAAACUGACUUUUUUUUUCGUAACUUCUACGAUUCCAUUGCCAUAUUCUGGUAAAAAAUAUUGUCAGGUAAAAAAUAAUGUCACGGUGCCACGAGAGGGACAAAGACGACGAUCACCGAAACCGAACAGUAUGAAAGAGACGAUGUAGUGGCGCUAACCUAACGUUCGGCCGUACUGGUUGUACCGGCCAUAUCCUAUUAUACAAAGAUGCUUGAGGUCUCCCUCACCAAAUUACACUGCCGCAUUCCCUCCCUGAAUUUCUACUUACACAGGUCGGGUUUGGUUCCCUCCCCCCUGUGUUCAUUUUGUAAUGAGGAGGAGACGAUACAGCACUUUCUUCUAUCUCGUCGCCGCUUUACUGCGGCAAGAAAAAGAUUGUUGGAAGUACCUUUUCGAAGAAUUGGCCUGGACUUGACAGAACCUGCUAUUCUUUUGUUGGGGGCGUCCACUUUGGGAUUCAGCCGCAGGGAUGCUUGCUUCGCUGUCCAAACAUUCCUUACAGAAUCUAAACUAAUGCCCUGUUAAGUUCUUUCUUUCUUUUUUUAACUUUUAAAUUAAUUAUUACUCACUUCAUAUGACCUUCCUGAUUUUAUUUUAACAGGUAAUUCUACGCUAUGAAAUGCUAAUUCCAUAGAUACUAGGAAAUUUAUGCUCCAUAAUAAUUUGGAAUAAUCCAGCCAUUCCUUGGCCAAUCCCCCAUCGUGGGUAGGAGCCACACAUGUGACAGGCUACGACAACAACAACUACUGGCCAUAUCUUCUGCAGAGUAAACACGGUCCCAUUUAACCUUGUAUCUCUGCCCGUUUCAUUUUUGGUGGAGGUGCUGGGUAUUGCACAAGACGGAACUCCGCAGCGGGCUUGUACUCGGCCGUCCUACCAUGCUGACAGACUACCAGGCUGCUGGGUUAAGCACGGCGUCAGCACCCGGCGCAUCCGGGCCGUCAGCAUCGGCGACACCGCAACAGUCCGUCGUCUUGACCCAUCAGCGCGACCCCGGCACCUUCUCUGGGACCAGCACGCACCUGGUAUGACACACAUGAAGAGUGGACCAGCUGGGAUGUAUGCAAGAAAAAACUUCGCGACCUCUUCGGCAAGCUCGCUGGUCGCAAGUGCGCCGCUGCGAAAGACCUAUCCUGUCGGGCUCAGACAGCUAUCGAGUGGUGCUGCCGAGAUGGUGACCCGAGCAGAAAUCGGCGCAACGCCCCACGCCGAGCCGCUAUUCGCAGAGCCCAUACAGAACAUAACGGUGCCUGUUGGACGAAAGGUGACCUUCUCUUGCGUCGUCGAGAACCUGAACAACUACAGGGUGGCCUGGAUGUUCGUGGAGAAGUUCACACUGCUGACACUCGCCAAGCACGUGAUCACGCACAAUUCCCGCUUCAAGGUGACGCACAACGACCACCGCACCUGGCACCUGCACAUCCACGACGUGCAAGAGCGCGACCGGGGCGCCUACAUGUGCCAGAUCAACACGUCGCCCAUGAAGUCCCAGGUCGGAUACCUCAACGUAGUAGUGCCACCCAAAAUCGACAACAACCUGACCAGCGACAGCACGGAAGUGGCUGAAAGCGGUGACGUGGCGUUGCGCUGCAUCGCGAAUGGGACACCGGAACCGGAGAUCACGUGGCGCAGAGAGGACGCCCAGCACAUCGCGCUUGAUGCAUCUAGGAAAGCAUUGUCUGUGAAAGGCACUUGGCUGAACAUCACGAAGGUCUCCCGCCUGCACAUGAGCGCCUACCUGUGCAUCGCCUCCAACGGUGUGCUGCCCUCGGUCAGCAAGCGGAUCAUCCUCGAAGUCAGCUUCGCGCCCAUGAUCUGGAUCCCGAAUCAGCUCGUCGGCGCGAGCAUCGACUCGGACGUGACUCUGGACUGCAACCUGGAGUCGCACCCACGAUCGGUCACCUACUGGACCCGUGGCGCGGACCGCAUGAUACACCAGAACGUCAAGUACUCUGUGGUCACAAUGCAGCACGCCAUGUACAAGGUUCGCAUGCAACUCGUCGUACACCGCCUCAAGCCAGACGACUACGGGGAGUACCACUGCGUCGCCAAGAACACGCUCGGGGAGACCAAAGGCACGGUCAAUCUCUACGAGAUUCCUGCAAGCUCCGCACCUACAUCCCACUUGAAGCUAGUCCCUAAAGGGGUCCGCGGAAAGUUACUUGACACAGAGUGGAGGAACUCGCCACAUUCGCGUAGCUCUGGCUCCUCACACGACUGGUGGCAGAACUUGUACAGCAACCAGACCGAUCCCUGGUCUCCGCUUUCGCCUGCCGUGGUGAACCUUAAAGCCACUGCAAACUGCGGUGCAUGUCCCAGCAUUACAAGUUCGACGCUUCCCGCCAGGCUGCUCGUGAGUGCCUUAUCACUACUGGCAACCGCAGUUUCGUGAUCGCUGGUACGGAAGCCUUCGAAAUAAAAUCUUCGUCACACAUG